CUCAUCGGAAAUGUACACUUCAUUCUCCCGCGUUUUUCAAAAUUGUAAACAAAAUGCGGUGUCGACAACACAAGGUACAUUGAAUCAAACUCAUCAAACUGGAAAACAAGAAUGAGUAAUUCCGUAUUGAUACCUUAUAACAAGGUACCCCAGUAUCAGUUGGCAACAGUAUUGCUUGUUGGAUCCGAGGGCCUUGGGAAACAUGGCUUUGGGAAAUGCUUGAUUAAGAAUACCUGGUUUUACCUGCAAGUGAGGACAGCCACCACCCUCCCCCUCCCUGUGACCUCGGACAGCUCCCGCCCCAGGAUUGACUACAUCUGUUUCCUGAUAGAUCUCACCAGCAGGGACAGCUUGAAGACAGUGGAGGAAUCCCUGAAGCAUGUGGAUGUGAGAUAUUUCCUGGGAAAAUGUUGUUUUGUUGCCUUAAAAGUGAAGAACCCAGAGAAGAGAGCCAUUUUCAUUGAACAGAUAGCCCAGCUAUCCCAGCAGUACAAAUCUGACGUGUUGUACGGUUCAUUUGAGACAGAAGCUGAGUCAGCAUUCCUGGCCGAACAGAUCCUCAAGUCUGUGGAGAUUGCAGCUGGUCUCCAGAAAAACAAGUCUCCGAUGUUCCUGGAGUGUUGUCGGUUCCCUGUGGCUGGGGAAGAGAGUGCAGAGUGAAGAUCCGGGAAUUUCUGGACUAGCUGGAGAAAUAUGUUCAAAAAUCACAUCUGUUCCCAAAGUGUUGGGUAUCAUGAUACCUAUAUCUUUGUUGUUUGAUGGUUGUGGGAUGUGCGAGUUACAGUGAUAUUCAAUGUGCACAAAAAAUAUAACAAAAUAGCUAUUUAUUUCUGGUUCAAAUAAAAUGAUGAGAUACAUGUAUUUUCAGUGAUAAAAGUUUAUUCCGGUCCAUGUGUUACAGUUAUUCUGAUAUUAUGUGUGGUUUUAAAGGGUCGUUUGAGAAAAACAACUUAAACUUAUUAGAGAUGUAUAAGUUUUACUGUGUACAUGCAUAUUUGUUUCAGUUAUGUAUAAUCUUAUGUUUAUGUGAGCAAAUUGUCAUCCCGGCACCCUCUCAAUGCAUCAAGCAGUCUCUGGGAAGAUCUUUAAACCACUGAAUCCCAUACACCAUGAAUUAAACUUUUCUUUAUGAAAAGAGAUGAAAGUGUCCAAACCGAUGUUUGAAUUAGAUUUAUUGCAUGUACUAAUUACAGCUGAUAUAAUUAGUUUCAAUAAAGAGAAGUAUACUUUAGAUGCAUGAAGCUCUGUCUCUUUUCUAUUUUGCACAUUACCUCUGGCAAGUAAUAAUCAGCCUCCAUUGUAAUUGGUACAUCUCUUGUAUUGAUACUCAGUAUUAGUGAGCUUGUAAUGUACAUACUUUAUCUCGAGACCCCGUCUUAUCUCGUGAGAACAGAUGUAGAGUCUCGGAUUAUGAUCACUCAUUGAAGUGGAACUGGACCAGAGAAUGAGGUCGAUUCUAAUUCUGUGAUGCUGGCGGUUUAUCCUUUGAAUCCUCCACAUUAAGUUGAUGAUCAAUGGCGGGGAUUCAGUGGCUGUAUGAUGAUAUCUUUAUGGAGCAUGAUGAAUCAAAGACAGACACCUGAGAUGAUGGUGAAUUUCAGGAUUCUCCUCCAUUGAUCCAACAUUAAUCUCUUGUUCUGCUUUAUCUGACAAUUUUCACGUUAUUUUAUUUUAUUUUAUUUUUGAUUUUAAUAAUAUUUAUAUGAAAGUAUCUGUCAUGUAUUAAAACAAGUUUGUGUCGAACGAAAUGUAACAAAUCAUUUUGCUAAUUAAAAAAUAGAUUUUGAAUUUAA